UCAGUUCUUCUUCAGGAACUUUCAUAUGAUUGGUCACAGAACGAAAAAAAAUAUACAUAUAUAUGUGCGUCGUAUACGUCCAUUCAUUAUGUAAAUAUAUAUGUCAGUCAUAUUUUAUAUUGUUUUAUUGUUUUACACACGCAGCAGCAACAUAUUUAUAGAACUUUUUUUGUAUUAUUAAAUUUUCUGAGAGUAAAAAUAAUGAAUAAUCGUAACGAAGCUGAAUAUUGCAAGAACUCUUUUAUUAUUAACUGAUUGAAAAGAGAUUAGGUAUGUGAGUGAUUUAAUAAUUAAUCACUGAUUAAUUAUUUAUAUAUUUAUAAAAAAUAAGAAUUUAUAUAUUUACAAAAAAAUAAAAUUGUGUAUAAAAAAAUAUAGAUUACAGUACACAAGUACACUGAUUACAGUACAUAGAUUGAGAUAAAAAGAAAAUGGAAUUAAUACAAAGAAAAAGAACAAAUCACAGUUAAUUGAAAUAACAGCAAGUAUUAUAUAUAUGAAAGUUUCUGAAAUAAAAUCAAAUAACUCUAAAUCAUCACUUUUCAAAUUUUUUUUACAAAAUGACAGAGAAACAACAAGAACGANUGUGAAGAGUCGGACUUUAAGAUUAUAGGAAAAAUUGAUUUUAAUAAAAAGUUCUGCCCGUUAUUAAAAAAGAAUCUUGAUGUGCCAUUAUUGCUCCAACAAUAAAAAAGUCUUCUGUUUGGUUUCUUUUUCAAACAUUCAAAUUAAAAUGCCAUAUGUGAGCUAUCACAGACCUUGAUUUUUCUAAAUGGUUUUUAGAUAUCGGUGAUGGGAUGAUACCUUUACCAUCAACACCUAAAACCCAAUUUUCAGUUGAAGUUCCGAUUUCUUUAAUAUCUAAUGACAUAGUUACCAAUGUUUUUGGUAUUAGUUUUACCUGUACUGGUAUUGAAAAAUUUUUCAAGACGUCCAAUUCUCUGUCCAAGAAACGAAGGUGUUCGAUUAAUCAAUGAGCGCCUUUCAAUAAUUUUAAAAAUGUUGAACAAAGUAGUUUUUACGUGAUUUACUCUGUAAAAAAUGAUGACGGUAUAGACGAUCAUGAUUUAUAAGCCAAUAUUCCGGUAGAGUUUCUAAAUACGUUAAACCCAUCUGGACUACCACUGUAUAAAUUAAAUUUACAAAUAGGUUGUAUAGUGAUACUUUUGAGAAAUCUAUCGGUAAACAAAGAAUUUUCCUAUGGAACUAGAGUGAUUGUUAAAGCCUUUCGCCAAAACGUGCUUCAAUUGGAAGCUAUCACUGAUGCAUUUUCUGGAACUGUUCAUUUUAAUCCUAGAAUUUCUCUGGAUACAUCGAAUGAUCCAGCACUUCCACUCAAUUUCGUUAGACACCAGCUUCCAGCUCGGCUUGCAUAUGCAAUGACAAUAAAUAAGUCUCAAGGUCAAACUUUUGAUAAAGUUGACCUCUAUCUUCCAGAACCAUGCUUUUCUAACGGUCAAUUUUAUACAGGAUAUUCAAUAGCAACGGAAUCCAAAGGUUUAAAGUUCAAGUAAAAGAUACCACUAGACAGGGCAAAACGGAUAAUGGCCAAAUAGUAACAAAUAAUGUUGUUUAUCAGGAAAUGUUUUCGUGAUUUCUGUAUGUUUGUUUUUGUGAGUUUAUAACUUUAGUCAUUUUUUUAUUUUUAUAUCUAAUAAAUCAAAUACUAAUGCAAACUUUUUAUUAAAAUCAAUUUUUCCUAUAAUCUUAAAGUCCGACUCUUCACAGGGGCCUCUAGUUUAUUUCUAUUGUUUACUAAACAACCAAUUAAUUUAUAUGAUUGAUCAUUAUAUCGGUUGCCAUUCUCAAUGGUAUUUAUGAACUAGUUGAUGAAAAACUAUUAAUAGUUUAUAAAAAAUUAUUACAAUUAGAAAAUAAAUCUUUUACAAAACUUAAUAUUGGAAAUAGUAUUCAUAUCGAUAAAUUUCAUUUAAUAUUGUUUUAUUAAAUUAUAUUGAUUUAAUCAUUCGAUUAACGACACAUACUAUCCCGUCUAAUUUAAACAACAUCUAAACUAUCAGCAUUAUUUUACAAGUCAUGUCGAUAAUGUACUUCAAGAUUGAAUAUGCGGGCUUGUUCAAUAGUAUUAUAUACAAAAAUGAAUGAACAAUUUUUUCUUUGUCUUAUUCUCAUUUAUAUAUCAUCGUUGUAUAAUCAAUAAAACAAUAUUUUAUAAGUACUAAUAAAUAUUGAUUGAAUUAUAAAAGAGAUUUAUAUUUAGAAUACAUGUCUUUAUUUGACACGCAUCAAGAGGAUACAGAUGAAGAAAAAAAUAAUGUCAAUGAUCAAGAAUGAACUGACAAUGAUGAUAUUGCAUUUUUUGCGAAACUGAAAUCAAGUUGAACACUUGCCAGUAUUUUAAAAACUAUUCAUUUUGUUGAUGAAUGAUUAAUUAUUGUAUAUCCAUAUUAUUAGAUUUAAUAAUCGAGACGAAUGAUAUCUAAUAUGAAUACAAAACUAAAAUUUGGUUCUUUUUUUAAAAAUAUAUAUGAACAAAGUUCGACAAAUUUUUGUGUUUAAAUCUAGACAAAUCCUUCAAAUUAUGUUACAUCAAAUAUAAUCGAUUGAAUUUUUUAAUUAGAGAAAAACUUCAUUCAUUUAAUGUAAAUAUAUCUAAGAGAACUUCUGUUUAGGAUGCUAUAUUUUGUGCAUUACUAACUGGUAUAAAAAUUAUUGUUGAAGAUAAACAAUGUGUACAAGGCAAUGCUUUUAUUGAUACAUGUGUUUUUGAUUCAUAUGAAUUGAUGUAACAAGGUCGAUUUCGAUUUCACCUUGAAACUGUUCUUGUAUGAUUUCACUUGAUACAGUGCUACAUGAACCAUUACCAACGAACGUUGCUGUACAAAUUCAUUAUCGUGAAAAUCAAACACAUUCAUUACAGCUUUGUAAUUUAUCAUUAGAUAUUGACUUUAUAAACGAUCAGAAAUAAAAUUGGCUUUUUUUAAAAUCUCAUUUCAUAGUUUAGAAGAAGAAGAAUGUGUAAUUACUGAAUGUUUGAUUAAAGUAUUAGAUGAUACGGAUACGAUUGAUUUUGAUUUUCAAAUCCAAAAAUGUUGUUACUAAAGUCAUUUUCAAAGUUAAUAGUUAUUUAUGAAAUAAAUACUUUUGAUUAACUAUUAGUUUUAGGCUAGCGAAUUCAAAGAAGUACUUAGCGAAAUUGAUUUUAAAGAUGAUUGUAUUGAAUUAUUGAUUACUCAAGAUGUUCCACAUUUUCGUUUUAUUGCUAAUGAAUGUGGAGGUAGCACAUCAGCUGAUAUCACUCAAAAUGCACCUAUUAUGGAUACAUUUCUAUGUAUGGAGCCAGUGUAUAAUUGGUAA